ACAUAAAGUACAUGCACACACUAUAUCGGUCGACCGUAGAGCUGAGCUGAACAAACUAACUUUCCAUUGAAGAGAGGAGAUACUUUGAAAUCCAGAAUGGCAAACUAUACUGUACUAGUGACUGGUGGAGCAGGCUACGUUGGCAGUCAUGUAGUUGUUGAACUCCUCAAUCAAGGCUACACACCUGUCAUCAUUGAUAACUUCUCAAACAGUAUUAAAGGAUCGGGUAGCAAACCAGAGGUGUUACUAAGGAUAGAGCGCAUUACUGGAAAACAAGUCACAUUCUAUGAAGGAGAUAUACGAGACAAGCCAACUCUUCAAAAUGUCUUUAAAAAGCAUUCAUUCACACAUGUGAUACAUACUGCUGGAAUGAAGGCAGUAGGCGAAUCCAUCAUUAUGCCUAUUGAGUAUUACAACUGCAAUGUGGGAGGAACCAUUUGCCUUUUAGAAGUGAUGAAAGAGUUUAGCUGUUACAACAUAAUAUUUUCAAGCUCAGCAACAGUGUAUGGCCCACCUGACUUUCUACCUAUAGACGAGACACAUCAUGUUGGGCGUGGUAUCACAAACCCAUAUGGCAAGACCAAAUAUUUCAUCGAAGAGAUACUGAGAGACCUAACAACGGCUGACAAAAACUGGAAUGUUGUCCUUUUACGUUACUUCAAUCCUGUUGGUUCACAUAAGUCUGGGCUCAUUGGAGAGAAUCCUCAGGGAAUACCACAGAAUCUGAUGCCUUUUGUCUCUCAGGUAGCUGUAGGGAGGAGAGAGAGUGUGAAAGUCUUUGGGACAGACUACGAUACACCUGAUGGCACAGGAGUACGAGAUUACAUCCAUGUAUUAGAUCUGGCGUCUGGUCAUGUAGCAGCUGUGAACAAAGCUUCUGAGGGAUGCGGUCUGAAGCUUUAUAAUCUUGGCUCAGGGAAAGGAUACUCUGUGCUGGAUAUGAUCAAAGCUAUGGAGAAAGCAAGUGGAAAACAGAUAGCGUAUAAUUUGGCAGGAAGAAGAGAGGGAGACAUAGCAUCCAUGUAUGCUAACGCAACACUAGCAGAGACUGAGUUACACUGGAAGGCUGAGAGAGGGUUGGAUGAGAUGUGUGAAGAUCUAUGGAGGUGGCAGUCUAGCAAUCCAAAUGGAUAUUGAGUCAACUUUGUUGACAUUGGCAGUGAUUAUAAAGGCUUCCAUGUAGCAGUGACUUACAAGUUACACUACAUUAUUCUGUGUCAAGGUUAUUUAAGCAUCAUUAAGUAUUCGCAAUUUAUUAACAUCAAGCAUCCAUUAGAAAAUUAUCAUCAUUUAAUAGGAAACUACACAUAACAGAGCAGUAGAUAGGAGUCAAAAUAUUUAUUUGGUUUUCUGAAUAAGAACAAAAUAUACAUGUACAUGUACUGUAUGCUCUGUAGUGUGUAAUCAGCCAAAUAAGGGUGAAGAAGGAUGACUAUAUAAAGUCAGCUUUUGGACUCAAAUGAAUUUAUAGUCAUAAAUACAUAGAAGAUCAAAUAUCAAAGAUAUAAAAUGUAUAAAUAUCAGUUAUAUGACAUGAAGUUUGUGAGAUAUGUGGGGACUUGUUUCAAUGUAACCAAUUUGGGCAAUGUAAUAUUGAGAGAAAAGGGGUACUGUACGUCACCUUCCAGUCUUCCUCUUUAUAUGUGUUUGAUAGAGCAUGAGUAAUUCUUACUGCUACCUCUUAAUCUGAAAACAUUGUUGAACCAAUCCAAUUGAUAGCCCCUUUUUAAUAGUUACAAAGCACUUCAUUAUAAAUAUGAGCCCCUUUUAUAAACUGUGAUAAUCCACCUAUAAAAAAGACUACUCUGCUAUUUUUUAUUAAAUGCAUUUAGUAAUCCAUGUUCUGCAGUAAAAUUAAUAAGCUUUCAAAUGUUUAUUGAACUGAACCAUUGAUGUAGCAGUCUAUAGUUUGGUUAUUGUCAAGAGGUUUCUAAUUUGGACACCAGCUACAAAAGUUCAGGUAUUAGUUUUAAAAAAAUUAAAAAAUUAAAAAUAAAAAUUGAAAAAUAAAAACGAUCAGAUGAUGAAA